AUGUCCCUCUACGCCGCCUUCGAGGUUGUUCUACUUCACUUCUGGAGCUAUCGAGAACUCGCCAUCCUCAGUAUGACUUCCCACUCUAUGAAACAAGUGGUAUCGCAAGUCGUGGCAGCACGUAUCAAGGGUUACCUUCGAUUAUGGCUCAGUCCGCACUUGUCAUUUUGGCCCGCGUUGGAGGAGUUGAAGGGCGUUAUCGGGGGGGCGUUCGUUUUGCGUGUCCUGGCUCAGGGCUCGCCUGGGUGGCUCCCACGUUCACUCGACAUCUACUUGGUGGGUGACGCAUCCUGUGUUGCGAUGAAGGAGGUUCUCGAGCAGCACGGUUACACAAACUGGUCUGUGAGGGAUUGUCGUCGCCAGCCGCGCCACACAGUUAUUGGCGACCGUUUUGUUUGGUCGAAGGGCACGAUUGUCGAUGCCAUCUAUGAAGCCAAUCUCGGCCCGCGCGUUGUACGCCUCUAUUCCAUCGACCACGUCGACGCACUCUCAGCCAUACCCCACCACUGGUCGACUCUGUUCAUCAACGCAAUCAUGACAGAUCGCCUCCUCUGCGCUUAUCCUAGGACGACGUUGAUCCAGGAGGGACUCAUCUCACCAGGAAGUUGGAAGUCGGUGUUUUUCCCAGGUUUGCGUCAAUGUGUUGUGAGCGGGUUUCGGAUCCAUGGGUGGGACGGUGACGGGUCAGACGGUACGCGGGUAGGCAUUCGGCAUGGAUACAGAGCGGAUGAUUUGCGGUCUCUCGGUGACGGCAAGACUCUUUGCCUCAGAGUCGACGCAUCCAACCUUCGCGAUAGUCCCGUAUCUAACACGUUCGGAGAUAGUCGAGCUCGCUUAGUGUCAUGGCAGUAUGGUGCGUGCUCCCCUGCUUAUAUGGGAGGAUAUGUUCCUCAGGUCCAGAUUCUAGAACCGCGCAGGCACGGGGAGCGUUAUGCGUUGCGCCAAGAGUGGCUGGAUGGUGAUUGGGACUGA